AUGCCGACGCGCGCCCAGGGUCCCGUGGGCCUCGCUCAGCAGCACAUGAGUUUCGCGCCGUUUCAGCCGCUCGAGGCUACUACGGCGAGCGUUGAGACGUCUCAAAACCCCGUAUUAGCAGGCUUCGCCCAACAGCGGACGGGGUUCGCUCCGUUUCAGCAGUCGCCAAUCUCACGGCAUCACAACGCCGCCGCCUUCGGUACCGUACCGCGCACAGGCUCUCAUUCGCCGCGGCGCCAGCUCGAAGCGCUCGCGCCUCCGAAGGCCUCGUGCGGCUCGAGUCCAGCGAGAAUUCCCGCCGCGUGCUUCCGUGCCGCGCAGAACCCGUGCGGCGGAAGCUCCUCCGCGUUUCCCCCGCGGUCCGCGGCGCUGGAGUCGGGCCAAGGGACCCCCAUGGGCUCGAGUUUCGAGACGAAGCAGAAUGUGGGCGGAGGGAUUCUCACGGGCCCGCUAGGAAUGCCGCUGCCUGUGGGAAUUGGAUCGUCGCGGCUGUCGUUCACCGGCGCGCCUCAGCCCGGCGCGCCCUACUGCAUCCCGGCGCUGUUGCAAUCCGCGAGAAGCAGCGCGGCGGAGAUGUUUCGCUUUCCGCGGUCGCCAAGUACGGAUUCCGACGACCUUUAUCCAGGUGUAACCACCACUGGUGGUAACGCCACGGUGGCGAGUGUUUCAGCCAAUCCGGGUGGUUUGGCUUCCGAUAAUCGAGGAUCCGGGCGGCUGUGCAGGAGUGUUCAGGACGAUGACGUGGCGGAGGGAGCGGCGCCGUGCCAGCGUGGCAAGCCGAGCGCGGAAGGGACGGAGAGGGAACGGGCGGCGUCUUCGCGCAGUGGCAGAAAGGAUAGAACCUCUGGGAGGGCGAAUGGAAAGAAUGAUUCAAGAGACCGCGAAGAGAAUUCGACGGGGUUAGGAGGGGUAGGGAGGAGUGUGGCUGGGUCAGGGAGAAGAUCUGGACGGCUGAGCAGGAAUCUGGGGGACGAUGAGGACGAGGAUCAACGGUCAGGAAAGAGUGGGUCAGGGAGGCUUAGGAUGAGCUUGGAGAACGACGACGUGGCGACCGGUGAUGUCAUGCUGCCACGUCAGCGUGGUUCGGCGGGGCUGUCCUCUGCGCGCCGCAAUCCACCGACCCGCCACGCGAAGGGCGGCUCGGAAGGAGAUGGAAAGCAGCCUGAUCGAACCACACAUGAAGGCACGAAAACUCAACUGGUCUCCAGGCGCACUCAUCCAAUCUCCCAAGGUCAAGCAAAGCCGAAAAGCCAUGUUCAGCGAUCCCUGGAGGAGGAGGACUGCGAGCACCGCAGCAGAUCCCCCCGGGUGUCACUGACAGGCUCGGAUUGCCCGCCAUCGGCCUCAGAGCCUCGGGAACGCAGCAGCUUACGCAGUGUUGGUGUGGUUCCUGCUGGUAGUGCUAGCAGGUCAGGAGGAUCCCUCCCCCGAGGAGAUGGGGGAGCGUCUGGGGGGGGUGACGGUGCGAGCAUACGGCAGGGCAGCAGGCUGAGCAGGAGUAUGGAGAGGGAUGGUGCUGUGGGAAGAGCUGGUGAUGAUGCUGCUGGUUCCCGGCAGAGCAGCAGGCUUGGAAGGAGUGUCGAGAAGGAGGGUGUGGCUUGCCAGCCAGGUUCGGUGGUUGGGAAGAAAUCAUCGACCCAGGGCGUCAGGUUCGGCGACGUGCAUGGGACAGGUGUGGCAUGCGAGCACGGUGUGGUUGGGCGUAGAGGUGUGCGCGGUGGGGAGAGGGGGGGAGAGCACCGGCGGGGAGGGGGAGGGCAAGAGAGGAGGCAACCAGUGAAACUGUGUCGGAGCUUGGAUGAGGAUGAGGAUAAGGAGGUUGAUGUUGAUAGUGACAAUGGCAAGGUUUCUCGUGAGAAUGGUGUGUCAUCAGGGAGGAGGCUGGAGAGAAACUUGGAGGAAGACGAGGAUGGAGAGUGCACAAGAGGAGGUUCGGGCGAGGGUCGAAAUCCCCGCAAAAGCCUUGAGCGUCACUUGUCGGAUGACGAUGAUGAAGAUGAUGAGAAAAAGAGGGCAGUGGGUGGGAAGAGUAGAGGAGGUAGUAGACGUCAUAAAGUAGCAAGCAAGGAAGUGGAGGGGCAAGCUUCGGUUGGAGCAGAAAAGAAUAUGCACAAAUCUAAAGGGCUGUUGCACAAAAUCUUCCAGAGGGACUAA